AAUCUAUAACCCCGAAAGGAAAAAAGAGAAGAGAGAAAAAGCAAAAAAAAACAAAACUCACUCUGCGUCGAUUCAAAAACAAACUCAGUGACUAGUUAUUAACAAUGUAUCAAGAUCGACAAGGCGUUGUAGGAGGAGGAGGUGGUGGAUCUGCGCCACACGGAAUCAUACUCGCCGUCGUUGUAGCAUUGGUUGUACUCGUUCCGUUCUUCAUCGGAGACGGUGGUGAAGCCAUUACAGAUGCGAUCGCAGAGCUUUUAAGUCCGGUGGGACUUCUCUUGCUUCCCAUCGUCCUUCUCCUCGUCAUCCAGUUUCUCUCGUCGGAACGUGGUUCUUUCGUAUCGGCCAUUUUCUCCACCGGAGAACCUGAGUCGAUUCACCGUGUUAGUGGAUCUCCCGUCGGUGUUGCUUUGUUCCUCGUACUGAUCUUGUUCUUACUCUACAACCGCUUCUCCAUCUUCGGCGGAAACGAUGACUCCGAUGACUGAUGCGACGUCGUUUUUCCAGAUCUAGUAUUGUUUUUUAAUUUCUUUAUUCGAUUAUGUUUUUAUUUUGUCUGAUGGUUGAAGUCAAAAAAACUACACAGCCGCAGUUUUCCUGUAAUGUAGGUAUAUGCACGUGAGAGUCACGUGACAUUGCUGAUGAAUGAGUAGUACUGUAGUAGUGCACUGAGAGGUUUGUAACUUUGUAUUCUUUUUACGUAUAAAUUGCCAA